GCCGAGGAGGGGCGCCCAGCUCAGAAGGGCGCGUGCGCGGCGAGAGGCUCCGGGGGUGGGACGGGGUGGGGGGCGAAGAGGCAAGACCAGGCCGGCACCGGGGUCGGGUGGUCCGGACACCCCGCCGGGAAGAUGCACAAGAGGAAGGGGCCCUCCGGACCCCCGGGCCGGGGCGCCGCGGCUGCCCGCCAGCUGGGCCUUCUGGUGGACCUGACACCAGACGGUCUGAUGGUCCCCGAGGACGGAGUCAAUGAAGAGGAGCUGGAGGCCGAAUUCUUGGCUUUGAUGGGGGGCCAGCCACAGGCCCUGGAAAAGCUGAAAGGCAAAGGCCCCCUGCCCAUGGAGGCCAUUGAGAAGAUGGCAAGUUUGUGCAUGCGGGACGAGGAUGAGGAAGAGGACACGGACGACGAGGACGUGGAGGCCGAUGAUGACCUGCUGGCUGAACUCAGUGAGGUCCUGGGGGAAGAGCAAAAGGCGGCGGAGUUACAGCCUCCAGUGGCCCAGCCCAGGUCCACAGCCCCCAGUCCCGGCCUGGAGGCCACCCUGCAGGAACGGCUGGGCCUUUACCAGAUGGCCGCAGAGAGCGCCAGGCUAGCCGGGGACAGCGCCAAGAUGCGCCGCUAUGACCGUGGCCUGAAGACGCUGGAGAACCUGUUGGCCUCCGUGCGGAAGGGCAGGCCCAUCGAUGAAGAGGAUAUUCCGCCACCAGUGGCAGUGGGGAGGGGUCCCCCUACUACACCAAGCCACACUCCAGCAGCACCUGGACUGCCACUAGCUGAAACCCGGGGUACCAUGGAGGGGCCUCUGCCCACGGCCCCCGCUACAUCCCUGGGUCCUGCAAAACCCCCAGCCCCGUCCCCAGGUCCCCGCUCCCCAGGCCCCCUGGAGCAGCUGCGGAGCCGCCAGCACGACUACAAGCUGGCCGCCCUCCAUGCCAAGCAACAGGGCGACACUGCCGCCGCCACCCGCUUCUUCCGCGUGGCUAAGAGCUUUGAUGCCGUGCUGGAGGCCCUGAGCCGCGGGGAGCCUGUGAACUUGUCCCGCCUGCCCCCUCCCCCCGACCAACUGCCCUCCGACCCACCGGCCUCACCCCCACAGCCUACGGCCCCUGCCAGCACGCCCCCCACACCAGAGGUUCCCCCAGCCCCGAGGACUCUGCUGGAGGCGCUGGAGCAGCGGAUGGAGCGCUACCGAGUGGCUGCAGCCCAGGCCAAGGCCAAAGGCGACCAGCGGAAAGCCCGCAUGCACGAGCGAAUUGUCAAGCAAUACCAAGAUGCCCUCCGUGCCCACAAAGCGGGCAAGGCGGUGGAUGUCGCUGAGCUGCCGGUACCCCCAGGCUUUCCCCCCAUCCAGGGCCUGGAGGCAGCGGAGCCAGCACAGCACAGCCUGGUGGGUGUCCUAGAGACCGCCAUGAAGUUGGCCAACCAGGAUGAGGGCCCAGAGGACGAGGAUGAUGAGGACCCCAAGAAGUCCACCAGCCCGCAGGCUCCUUCUGCCCAGUCCAAGGCCCCAUCCUCCAAGACACUCCAGUCUGGAUCCACCAAAGCAAUACCCAAAGGCACAUCCACCAGAGCCCAGCAACAACUCGCCUUCCUGGAGACCCGCAAGAAGCAGCUCCUGCAGGCAGCCCUUCGGGCCAAGCAAAAGAACGAUGUGGAGGGUGCCAAGAUGCACCUCCGCCAGGCCAAGGGGCUGGAUCCCAUGCUGGAGGCCUCACGCAACGGGCUGCCCGUGGACAUCGCCAAGGUGCCACCUGCCCCUGUCAACAAGGACGAUUUCGCCUUGGUCCAGCGGCCCGGCCCAGGGAUGUCUCAGGAGUCGGCCAGGCGCUAUGGCGAACUCACCAAACUCAUCAGGCAGCAGCAUGAGAUGUGUUUGAAUCACUCCAACCAGUUCACCCAGCUGGGCAACAUCCUGGAAACCAGCAAGUUUGAGAAACUGGCCGAGGAUUGCAAGCGCAGCAUGGACAUCCUGAAGCAGGCCUUUGCCCGGGGCCUGCCCACACCCUGCGCCCGCUUUGAGCAGCGGACUAUGAGCUUCAUCAAGAUCUUUCCCGACCUCAGCAGCACUGACAUGCUUCUGUUCAUCGUCAAGGGCAGUGGCCUGCCCACGCCACCAGGGCUGUCCCCUGGUGACCUGGAUGUCUUUGUUCGGUUCGAUUUCCCCUAUCCAAACGUGGAAGAGGCCCAGAAAGACAAGACGGGCGUGGUCAAGAGCACAGAUUCUCCUGAGUUCAAGGAGCAGUUCAAACUGUGCAUCAACCGCAGCCACCGAGGCUUCCGCAGGGCCAUCCAGACCAAAGGCAUCAAAUUCGAAGUGGUGCACAAGGGAGGACUGUUCAAGACGGACCGGGUGCUGGGCACAGCGCAGCUAAAGCUGGACACACUGGAGUCUUCCUGUGAAGUCCGGGAGAUCCUAGAGGUCCUGGAUGGCCGCAGACCCACGGGAGGGCGGCUGGAGGUGAUGGUGCGGAUCCGCGAGCCCCUGACCUCUCAGCAGCUGGAGACCAUGACCGAGAGGUGGCUGGUCAUUGACCCUGUGCCCCCGGCCAUGCUCGCAGUGGCUGUGCCCAAAGCCAAGGCUCCUCCUGUGCCCGGCCCUGCCAGGGAGCAAGGGAACAGAGCAUCCAGACCCCUGCACAGUCUCAGCGUGCUGGCCUUUGACCUCGAGCGCCUGGAGAGGAAGAUCCUGGCCCUCAGGCAAUCGCGCAGACCGGUGCCCCCAGAGGUGGCACAGCAGUACCAGGACAUCGUGCAGCGGAGCCAGUGGCAGAGGGCGCAGCUGGAGCAGGGCGGCCCAGCCAUCAGGCGGGAGUACAUAGCCCACUUGGAGAGGCAGCUGCAGUUCUACACCGAGGCUGCUCGGCGUCUGGGCAAUGAUGGUAGCCGGGACGCUGCAAAGGAAGCACUCUACAGGCGAAACCUGGUGGAAAGCGAGUUGCAGAGGCUGCGCAGGUGAGCGCCCCCUGCGGGCAGGCCAGUGGGGAGCAAGGCCCCGACGCCCCCAGGAGCUACUGUGCCCGCCUGCCGGCCUGACAAGCAGACAAUCAACGGAUGGUCACCUCGGAUGGGCCCCCUGACCCCAUGGGGCCGGAACCUGGCCCGGCUAUGGCUGCUGGGCCCCAUCCUUCAGAGUCCCGUUUGCACAGCCCAGGGGGGUCAGACCCCUGGCUCACCCCGAGAUGGGAGCACACCUGGGCCCCAGUCCCUAGGCCUCCCCCUGCGCACUUUAUUUCCUGUCUCUCCCCGCCUUAACCCUGUGUCCACCUGCACCCCAAAGAAGCCACCGAGGCCAGCCAGAGGCCCCCCUCCCAGUGGGCCCCCACAAAUAAACAGCCAGGACUGUG